CUGUUCACUUGCUGACUGCUGAGUCCCCUCCUCUCUGCAGUCUUCUCUACAGUCUUUCAUCAAAAAGAGUUCAAAAACCUUCUUUUCCCCUGUGAUUGCGAAAAACCCUGAAUUUUUCCAAGGCAAAAAUGGCAAGAACCAAGCGAAAGGCCAAGAUUGAUCCCCAGGACAAUGUGAUUUCCAAGCCCCAUGAGGAAACAAUAGAGAAUGUCCAGAAAAGUCCUGCUCUUAUACCUUCAAGGAAAAAGGUAAUGCAGACAAAACCUCUUAGGCGUUCAGGACGACUGUCAAACUUGCAAACACGAGCGACAAACAAAGAGAUGCCAUUGGAAGAGAUUGAACUUGAUGACAAUGAAGAAGAAGAUGAGCCAUUCAUUGAACUAAUAAGCUCAGAGCCAGCCCAUGCAGAAAUUGGAGGAUCAGAAAGCAAAAUCAUCAUCAAUGAAAAAGAAGUGCCACUUGAUGAACAGUUCAACUCCGAGCCUACCCCAACAGAUUUUGAGAGAAUGGAAAGAAAGAUUGACUUUCUUGUUCAGUCUGUUAAAGAAUUUCAGUCUCAGGGACUUUUUUCAAGUGAAACUUCAAAUGUGGAAGCUCAGUAUCGGAACCUCUAUUUUAAGUCGCAGAAGAAGAUUGAGGAACUGAUGAAAGAAAAUCAGGAGCUCGCCCACAGUUUGGAGUUGGCCAAACAGAAAAAUGAAACGGUAUAACUUCAUUCCUUUCACUGCUAUAUUCAGAUGUUGUAUUUGAUUACAUAAUUCUGUCUGGAUCAUGGGAGUCUAACCUAGCCUACUGGUUUAUUUUGGUAGUUAUCUGAUUAUAGUUUUUUUAUUUUUUGGUGUAUAGUAGGUGUCUGUUUUGUGCAGAGUUUCCAUUCUUGUUAGCACCCAUUUUUUCUAAGUGUUUGUGUCUGACCAUAUUUAACUUUAUUUACAAUCGGUCUAUAUUUCACUCACUUCAUUCUUCAUAAGUGGACUGUACUUCUUACACCCUGAACUGCAUUGUGAGGCUUAUUCUUCUUCCUGAUAGGGUUGGUUGAAGAAGCAUUGAGCCUCCUCUUAUAUUAUUAGCCCCUUUAUACAAAUGUCGAUUAAAUGGACAAAUACUUCUGAAGGUAGUCUGCACCUAGGUUCUUGCUUGUUAAUCCAACCUGAGCUUGAUUCUCCUGGAUUUAAUUUUCCAUAGUUAACAUUGCUCUUAUGUAUCGUUUAAAUCUAUGCUGCUUAAAUGCUCGGUUGUACAUUUGAUUCUAUUGGCUGAUUGGUAAAACUUUCUUUGUUUUUUCAUAUGUCCUCAGUUUGAGCAAAUUAAUAUUUCUAUUUUUAGGUUGUGUCUCACUCUCACCAUAUGUAGUAACUUUUAUGUACUAAGGUGGUAUAUUUCAUUCGCUUCAUCCUUCAUCAGCUCAUCCUUGGCAAAGUCUAAUUUGUCAUGUGCUGAAUUGCAAUAUGAGAGGCUUAUCCUGCUAUCUACUGUGAUUAAGUAAAGAAGCGUUGGGCCUCCUCUUGUAUUAACUAUUAGAUAUAAAAAUGAAGAUUAAAUGGAUGAAUACUUUAUUAAGUUUUGUACCUGGAUUCAUGCAUUUUAAAGCAUCCUGCGCUUGAUUCUCUUGUAUAAUUUUGUAAGUUGUUAAUUCUGUGCUACUUAAAUGCUCCAUUUUUUGCAUAUGGUUCUACAGGUUCUUUGGUAAACUUUUUGUUCGUUUUUAAUGUAUAAAACUUGUCACUGUUUGUGCAGAUCAAUGUCACUAUGGCUUUAAUGAAAGCCAACGAAACAAUAGCGAGUUUAGCUUCCCACGUAACAGCAAGUAAGACUAAUUUGGUGGAUAUAACCGCUACUCAUGAUGCUCCGGGUUCAGUUGAUGUUGAUGAAAAGAACAAUGCAGCCCGUUCAUUUAGCAGGAGAUAUUCUAGGAGGAAGAUGUAAAUGGAAGUUCCGAGAAUAUUCCUUUUGAUGGAGGGCAACCUUUUGAACUUCUUUUGUUUAUUAGGUUGGUAAUAUUAGUAGGAUCAAGUAACAAACUUCUGCAACUGAAUAUUCAGGAUGUAUUUUCAGUCAAGGGGAGAUUCACAAACUUUUGUAAUUGAAUGAUGCAUUUUCACAUCAGUUUCGGCUAUAAUUAUACUCCCUCCGUCCCAUAAUUAUUG